CACAAAGUUCGCCUGAGCUGCAAAGACUUGAAAAAAAAAAAAAAAGACACCGGAGCGCCUGCUAAGGAGGAGAGCCGUCUGUCCUGCUGAGCCCCCUGCCGUGCGUGAGGGUGCACCAUGGCCCACCUGGUACGCGUCUUUGCAGCCACAUGCUCCGCCCCCAUCCUCAGCGGGGCGUCCUGCUUGAAAGUAGGCGGCGGCCCCGCCAUCAAGACCGCCUGCGUGCGCUUCUUCAGGACCCAUCAAGUCCUGGGAAGAUGCGCCAGUCCAGGAAUUCCCUACAAGCAAGUCACAGUCGGCGUCCCUAAAGAGAUCUUCCAGAACGAGCGGCGUGUGGCGCUGUCCCCCGCCGGCGUGCAGGCGCUCAUCAAACAGGGCUUCAAUGUCGUGGUGGAGUCCGGCGCUGGGGACUUUUCCAAGUUUCCAGAUGAGCAGUACUCUCAGGCGGGGGCUGCAAUUAAAGACCUCAAAGAUGUCCUGGCGUCAGAUGUGCUGGUCAAGGUCCGCGCUCCCGUUUUCAACCCGGCUUUGGGCAUCCACGAGGUGGAGCUGAUGAAAGACGCGGCCACCUUGAUCAGCUUCAUCUACCCGGCUCAGAACCCCGAGCUGAUGGACCUGCUGUCCCAGAAGAAAGCCACGGUCCUGGCUAUGGACCAGGUGCCGCGAGUCACCAUCGCCCAAGGCUACGACGCCCUGAGCUCCAUGGCCAACAUCGCGGGGUACAAGGCCGUGGUGCUUGCAGCAAACAACUUUGGUCGCUUCUUCACGGGGCAGAUCACUGCAGCGGGCAAGGUGCCACCCGCCAAGGUGCUCAUCAUCGGAGGUGGAGUGGCAGGACUGGCAGCAGCCGGCACCGCCCGAGCCAUGGGCGCCAUUGUCCGAGGGUUUGACACCAGGGCGGAGGCGCUGGAGCAGUUCAAGUCUUUGGGUGCGGAGCCGCUGGAGGUGGACUUCAAAGAGUCCGGCGAAGGGCAAGGGGGCUACGCCAAAGUCAUGUCCAAGGAGUUCAUCGAGGCCGAGAUGAAGCUGUUUGCCAAGCAGUGCCAGGAAGUGGACAUCGUCAUCUGCACCGCGCUCAUUCCUGGUAAGAAGGCCCCCAUCCUCAUCACCACGCCCAUGGUGGAGAGCAUGAAGGACGGCUCGGUGGUGGUGGACCUGGCUGCCGAGGCCGGAGGAAACAUCGAGACCACGGUGCCUGGAGAGCUCUCUGUGCACAAGGGCGUGACCCACGUGGGCUACACCGACCUGCCCAGCCGCCUGCCCACCCAGUCCAGCACGCUGUACUCCAACAACAUCACCAAGCUGGUGCGGGCCAUCAGUCCUGACAAGGAGAACUUCCACCUGGACGUGAAGGAGGUCUUCGACUACGGCACCAUGGACCACGUGGUCAGGGGCUCUGUCGUCAUGCAGAAUGGAAAGAACCUCUUCCCGGCUCCUCAGCCCAACAACCUGCCCACCGCCGCGCCCCCCAAGCCCAAGUCUGUCAAAGAGCUGCAAGCCGAGAAGACUUCUCAGGUCUCUCCCUACAGGGCCACGCUGACCUCCGCUGGAGUCUACACUGGAGGCAUCGCCACACUGCUGGGUUUAGGUCUGGCGGCUCCCAACGCCGCCUUCGCACAGAUGGUCACGACCUUCGGCCUGGCGGGCAUCGUGGGGUACCACACCGUGUGGGGCGUCUCCUCCGCACUGCACUCGCCGCUCAUGUCUGUGACCAACGCCAUCUCAGGUCUGACGGCCGUGGGUGGUCUGUCCCUCAUGGGGGGAGGCUACACCCCCACGAGCACCGCGGAGACGCUGGCCGUGCUCGCCGCCUUCAUCUCAUCGGUCAACAUCGCUGGCGGCUUCCUGGUGACGAAGAAGAUGUUGGACAUGUUCAGGCGUCCCACCGACCCCCCCGAGUACAACUACCUUUAUCUGCUUCCGGGGGGCGUUUUCGUGGGCGGAUACGCCGCGGCGCUGCAUUCUGGAUACAACAUCGAGCAGAUGAUGUACCUGGGCUCUGGAUUGUGCUGUGUGGGCGCCCUGGCCGGUCUGUCCAACCAGAAAACCGCCCGCCUGGGCAACGCCUUGGGCAUCAUGGGAGUGACGGGGGGCAUCGUCGCCGCUCUCGGGGCGCUCAAGCCCAGUCCCGAGCUCCUGGCGCAGAUGAGCCUUGCCAUGGCGGUCGGCGGCACCGCCGGUCUGACCAUCGCUAAGAGGAUCCAGAUCUCAGACCUGCCCCAGCUGGUGGCCGCCUUCCACAGUCUAGUGGGUCUGGCGGCGGUGCUGACCUGCGUGGCCGAGUACAUGGUGGAGUACCCCCACUUUGCCACCGACCCCGCCGCCAACCUCACCAAGAUCGUGGCCUACCUGGGCACCUACAUCGGCGGCAUCACCUUCAGCGGCUCCCUGGUGGCGUACGGCAAGCUGCAAGGCAUGCUGAACAGCGCCCCCCUCGUGCUCCCCGGGCGCCACGCUCUGAACGCCACGCUGAUGGCGGGCAGCAUCGGCGGGAUGAUCCCCUACAUGCUGGACCCCAGCUACAUCACCGGCAUCACCUGCCUGGGCUCCGUCUCCGCCCUGUCGGCCAUCAUGGGUGUGACGCUAACGGCCGCCAUCGGAGGCGCCGACAUGCCGGUGGUGAUCACCGUCCUCAACAGCUACUCGGGCUGGGCCUUGUGCGCCGAGGGCUUCCUGCUCAACAACAACCUGCUCACCAUCGUCGGGGCGCUCAUCGGAUCGUCCGGCGCCAUCCUGUCCUACAUCAUGUGUGUGGCCAUGAACCGUUCCCUGGCCAACGUGAUCCUGGGAGGGUAUGGCACAUCUUCCACGGGCACAGGUAAGCCCAUGGAGAUCACGGGCACCCACACCGAGGUCAACGUGGACCAGACUGUGGACAUGAUCAAGGAGGCCCACAACAUCAUCAUCACUCCAGGUUACGGUCUGUGUGCCGCCAAGGCUCAGUACCCCAUCGCCGAGUUGGUGAAGAACCUCCAGGAGGCUGGCAAGAAUGUCCGCUUUGGUAUCCACCCUGUAGCGGGCCGUAUGCCCGGGCAGCUCAACGUCCUGUUGGCUGAGGCCGGCGUUCCUUACGACAUCGUCCUGGAGAUGGAGGAAUUAAACGAGGACUUCCCCGACACAGACCUGGUUCUGGUCAUCGGCGCCAACGACACGGUCAACUCUGCAGCCCAGGAAGACCCCAACUCCAUCAUCGCUGGGAUGCCCGUGCUGGAGGUCUGGAAGGCCAAGCAGGUGGUGGUGAUGAAGCGCUCCCUGGGCGUGGGCUACGCCGCCGUGGACAACCCCAUUUUCUACAAGCCCAACACCGCCAUGUUGCUAGGCGACGCCAAGAAGACGUGCGACGCCCUGCACGCCAAAGUGCGCGAGGCUCAGUAAGGCCCGCCCCCUUACCCCCCCCCCCCUGCCCCCCCUCCACCCCCCCUUUGUGCCGACACAGCAACAUCUUUACUGUCAUCGCACACAUGAAGGUUUUUUUUUUUUUUUUCUUUACAUGAAGGAGAAGUCUCUUGUCAAAUGAAACGCUCCAAUUAAGGAAAGGGCACGAUGAUGCGGAGUGCAUGAGAGAGUGGAGCCACGUUCCGUUGCCGGGUCCGCGGUUGCGUUGCCGUGGCGACCAAACCAAAACAAAACAUUUGGGCGACACAGCACGGCGUUUUCAAAGCUGCACCUGGACGCAGCCGCAAACCAAGAGGCGUUUAUUAGUGCAUUUAUGCUAAGUAGUUGUGUGAAAUUACCCUUUUUUUUCUCCUUUUUUUUUUUUAACCAAAUGGUCGAAAAAUCGCUAGAGAAUUAAUUAUUUUUUGGUUUUAUUUUUUUGUCGCAAUUUGAACACACUUGUGUCAAUAAUCAGCAAUACUCUUUUAUAACUGUGGCUUACUUUUGCUGAUCGUACGUCGAACAAGUGCUGGUGUACACGGGCGAUACAGCCAUCCCAUAUUGAUAUCGCGCCGACGUCAGCAAAAAUAAGACAAGUAUCGCUUGUAAGAAAUGUCCGAUACAAAGCGGGUCGUGUUCAAUCAAAAAAAAAAAAAGGUCAACAAGCUAGGCUGUAGGCUACUGCUAGGAGCGAGUGGCUACGCAACAGCUAAGCGCACAGUAGCAACACAAGCUAGACUAGUAGGUGUUAAUCGUUGAGCACAUUUGUCAACAUGAAUGAAACCCUUCUAGUCGCGUGUUGCUUUUGCGUACAGUAACAAACGUGUCCGCAUCGUUCAACGUGAGCUUAACUAGAUAAGUUAUUGCAGGAAAACAAAACGACCACUCCGCUUCAUUUUAAAGGACUGCAUAAGUCCAUUCCGGACGGUUAAUAAUAAAUAGGUUAGCAUUGUUUUCUGACUCAUUUCUGACAUUCCACACUACUGAGUAAUGCAAACACGUGACCCCAUUUCUGGGCGGAUCUUGCGUGAGAGGAAGAAUUAUUUUGCGAUGCAGUCUGCUGAAAAUGACGGAAAGCGCCACUCGACAUAGCAACUGUUGUUGGAAAGUGCCACCAAACACAUUUUGAGAUACUCAACCCUCUGCUGCCACCCGGCGGCCGAAGUGGGCAGAUGUGUCACGUUCCGUGUGUCGGGUAAGCGGUAAUGAGGGGGGCUAUAACGAUACUGUGAUUCCUGCUGGUAUCGCAUCGGCCAAUACUCGAGGCUCUCGGAGGAAGUUGCACCGUGACGCCCCCCUAGUGGAGGUUUGCAGAAUUACUUUUUUUAUCAGCGGACGUGAAAAAUACAACAUCGUGGAGAAAAAUUGCAUUUUUUUAACCGUUAAAAACUACGCAAUGUUUAAAUAAAAAAUAAUCUUUACAAAUCAUUUUAGUUUCCUUCGCUGCCCAGAGAAGCUAAACAUCGUUUUACCGUUAAAAACAACAACACAAUAUUUGUAAAAAGCCUCUCAUGCAUCAAGAUUAUCUUUACGGAUCAUUUUCUCUUUCAUCCAAAUAAUUUGUCAUUUUGGUUUCCUUUUCCUGCGAGAGAAAACAAACAUGGUAGAAACGUUAUGGAUGGGUUCUUUUUUUUUCUUUUUUUUUCCCAUUUAUUCAUUUAUUUCAGGCAAUGACAUAAAAAAGUACGAGGUAGACAACACAUAAUAAUAUUAAUUAAUAUAAUGCAAAAAGUAAUGUAAGCAUGAUUUUCUUAUUUUCCUCGAUAAAAAAGAAAACAAUUUUACCGUAAAAAACGACAUAAUAUUUUUUAAAAAGCUUCUCGUGCUGAAAUAUCCGGAUAAUAUUUACGAAUCAACAUUUUUUAUUUUGGUUUCCUUUUCCUGCGAGAGAAGCCAAACAUGGUAGAAACGUUAUGGAUGGGUUCUUUUUUUUUUUUUUUUUUUUUUUCCCCAUUUAUUCAUUUAUUUCAGGCAAUGACAUAAAAAAGUACGAGGUAGACAACACAUAAUAAUAUUAAUUAAUAUAAUGCAAAAAGUAAUGUAAGCAUGAUUU